AUGACGGUCCAUCAUCAUCAGAAUCACCACGUGGCGGCACGUAGCGGCGUCACAGUGGCCAAUAACGGUCUGAACCUGAGCAGGAUGUCCGGCCUGGAGGCCCAUCGAUUGGAGAACAUCGUGGAGAGGAACGGAGUCAGCGUGGAACGUCUGUCGAAUGGGCUCGACGCCAGGAACAACAAUCACAACGGUAACAACGGAUUAGAACGUGGCGACGCCUCUACAACGAUGCCGCAAAGAUCUAGGUUCAUGAUCACCGAUAUCCUCGGUGGUGCGUCGAGUAAGAUGCAUCAAGCUGCCGGCCUACAAACACAAGAACCACCCGGGAGUCCACCGUCAACGCCAAGGGAUCUCAGUGUCAGGCAUCAAUCGAGAACAUCCUUGAGCAUUAGCAACCUCGACGAGGAUAGCGACGCGAGUCAUCACGAUGGUGCUUCCGUUACUUCUAAUGGCGGCAAGGAGGACGACCCAAAAAGUUCCUCGUCCAGCACGCUUAGCUCGGUGCAGAGCAAGAAGCAACGAAAGGCGCGCACGGCUUUCACGGAUAAUCAGCUCCAGACGCUCGAGAAGAGUUUCGAGCGGCAGAAGUAUCUGAGCGUGCAAGACAGGAUGGAGCUGGCGGCGAAGCUGCAGUUGACCGACACCCAAGUCAAGACGUGGUACCAGAACAGAAGAACGAAGUGGAAGAGGCAGACGAUCGUGGGCUUCGAGAUCAUGGCGGAGAACAAUUUCGCCGUGGCGGCCUUCCAGCAGCUCUACGGAAGCGGAGCAGCGGCUGUUCCUGCUCAUCCAGCAGCAGGAAGAUACUGGCCUUAUCCAAGUGCUCACGCGUUGCCAACAAACGGUCUAUUUUACCAGCAAGCAUCGGCAGCGGUCACUCUGCAGAAACCUCUUCCCUAUAGACUGUAUCCGCCAACGAUGAUCCUAGCAGGACCUAGCAAUCCUCUAGGUUCCCUAACAGCGAGCUCCAGUCUGUCCAAUCUGAGCAACUACUACAGAGACAGUCCAGAAAUGGCCGACGGAAGAGAAAACAUGGAGAGAUCGUCGAGGCAGAGGGAUCGAAGCAAAAGUCCUGUACUAAGUGACAGGUCGCCGUUGAUGAAGGAGGAAAGACUGUACGCGCCUACGAUGGUCCAAGCAGGAUCUAGCAACACCCUUGGUACGCUCACAGCGAGCUCUAGCUUGUCAAAUCUGAGCAACUAUUACAGAGACAGUCCAGAAGUGGCGGACAGGGAAAGGGAGGGCCUGAACAGAGCGUCGAGACAGAGGGACAGGAGCAAGAGUCCUGUUUUGGGAGAAAGAUCCCCUAUGUGCAAGGACGACAGGCUCUAUCCACCUACGAUGCUCCAGGCAGGUCCUAGUAAUACCAUUGGAUCAUUAACGGGGAAUUCCGGCCUGUCGAAUUUAGGCAGCUAUUACAGAGACAGUCCCGACAUGAUCGAAGGAAGGGACAGGGAGAAUUUGAGUAGGGGGAGGAGGCAGAGGGACAGGAGCACCAGUCGCUCGCCUAAGAGAGAGGACAGUCCUCAGAGUAUAAGAGCUGAUAGCGACGAGGAGAGUAUACACGAUAUCUAAGACAG